AAGCAAUUCGCCCCUCGCUCUAAACUUUCACCCGUCAAGCAUUUUUAUCCAAAAUUCGACCCCAGUGAGGAUUUGUAAUAAAUUACAGUUCUUGCCUUUUUCAAAAAUUUGCACCUGCAUCAAAUAUUCUUUGAAUCAUUUCUUGUCAGCCCCUAAAUGUGCAUGUUAGAUAAGGUGACGCGGCGGCGAUGAGACUUUGAUAAUCAACCCACCGCAUCAAAUUCCACCUGCACCCAGGUUGUCCCGCCUCUCCAACCUUCAGCCGCGCUGACUCCAGCACAUGGCUGUCCCCUCAAAUACUACUCAGUACUGGCAGUUAUUACAUGCUAUGGAACACUGGUCUGCUUCAUAGCGUUAGGCCAAUAUACCCGGCAACUCUGUUGCAUUUGAUCGGCGCUUGCCAUCCGGCAGCAAAUUGGCUGAUCUGGCACGGUUCCAUCGAUAUAGCCAAACCUUAUUCAUCUCACUGCAACAAGGGCAUUGAAGCCAUGUCUGAAUCCGAUGAUCCUCGAGAUGAGGAAAUGAGCACAUUGUCAGCCAUCUAUCCCGAGAUCGAGGUUGACAGCUCAGAUCCACACUUGUUUGCGCUCGAGAUACCCGUACACCCAUCCAAGCCGGUGCAGGUCUUAUUCCCGGCCCCGGCCCCGGCACCCGUCACAGCUGCUGGUCCGGAACCGGUACCUUUGCAAGUUCAAGCAGCCGAUAAUCGGGCUGGUGAACCUCAGCGGGAGGACUCUCACGAGCUUUCAUAUCUGCCACCAGUACGAUUGCUUAUUACGCUUCCACCCGGGUACCCAGCGCAACAGCCCCCUCAAGUUGAGCUGACAUCCAGCCCACCCUGGAUCCCAUCCACCCGCAUCGAACAGCUGGUGGCUGAUUGUGCGCGUCUUUGGAAGGAGCUUGAUCACGACCCUGUUGUUUUUACCUACAUCGACCACAUCCAGCAAUUAGCGGAGACAGCUUUCGAUGUGGUUGAUGACAGAGGUGUCUUGACCGCGGAGCCGCAGUACAGGAUAGCCAUCCUCGACUACGACAUAUCAGCAAAACGAGCUGCUUUUGAUAGGGAGACUUUCGACUGCGGCAUCUGUCUCGAUCCUAAAAAAGGCUCUGCAUGCCACCGUAUGCUGGAUUGUGGUCACGUUUUCUGCAUCGGUUGCCUUCAGGAUUUUUACAACAACGCUAUUCAGGAGGGCGAUAUCUCCUCGGUCCGCUGCUUGACCCCCAAUUGCGCAAAAGACCGGGAAAAGUCUGCGGCACAACAAUCACCGACUUCGCAUAGCGCGGGUGGUCGGGCGAAGAGGAAACGCAGACAGAAACUUAUCAGCCCAAGCGAGCUUCUCAAAAUUCCAUUGGAACCUGAGGUAGUUAGGCGUUUUGUUACGCUCAAGUACAAGUCUGAGCUUGAGUCAGACAAAAAUACGGUCUACUGUCCAAGGACGUGGUGCAAUGGUGCUGCGAGGUCCAAGAAACACAAGAAGCCAGAGGGCCUUGAAUUCUCUGAGGACUCGGAAGGGUCGGAUGAUGAGGAUUCCAAUCGUCCCCAAGCCUCAACAGUACCGCGCCCUUACAACAAGACGGAAGAACUUCUUUGCAUCUGCGAGGACUGUGGCUUUGCAUUCUGCGGCCGCUGCUCCCUUGGUUGGCAUGGCGAGUUUUAUCGGUGCAUGCCCCGCCGGGAUAAGACCGAGUUGACGGCAGAGGAGAAGGCUUCCCUCGAAUAUGUGCAAUUACAUACAACACCGUGCCCUACCUGCGCAGCACCCGCACAAAAGACACACGGGUGCAAUCAUAUGAUUUGCGGGAGGCAGGGUUGUGGUACACAUUUUUGCUACCUUUGCUCAGCCUGGCUGGACCCAACCAACCCCUAUUCCCACUAUAACCAACAAUCGAAUGGCCGUAUAACAGGCUGCUAUAACCGGCUGUGGGAACUUGAAGCAGGAGACGGCGAUGAUGUGGGUCUCGGCUUCAUUGGCGGUAGAGCUGCUGCCCUAGCUGCUCAGCAGGAGAUUGAGAUGGAUCCGGCACUACUGAUCCCAGAGAUUGAAGAGGCCGAUGGCGAAGACGCACACGCCAAUGGUGCUGCGGCUGGAGCUGCAGGUGACAAUAUGGGAGUCCGCCCAGCCAACGAGCAGGAAAACGAGCGAGGAGUGGCCCUCGAGGCUCCGUUAGUCCUCCGUAUUGCCGCAGACCCUCCAGGGCGCGCCGCACCACCGCCAGUUCCAAAUCCGCCGCCUGCGGUCAGACCACGGGCAGGCGGUCAGCAGAAUGCACGCAGGCGUGGCGGGCGUGGAGGUCAACAUGCUGCCCGAGGUGGCCGCGGCGGAGCGAAUGCCCAACAGCAGAAUGAGCAAGCUCGCAACAACGGCGCUCCACGGAGAGGCCGAGGAGGACGCCCAAGAGGCGGUAUAGUUGCACCAGAAGCCGAUCGGCCCAAUGAUGAUGACCUCAACGAACACCAAAGGGCAUGGAUUCGACAAUUUGUCCAUAUGGCACUCAAUGACGAAGAGGAUCUGGUCGACUCGGACAGCGAUGAAGAGAUAUUUUGGAUACGGUAGACACCCAAUGUAUGGAACUGGAUUAUGUAUGAUUAUUCGCGGUGAUAAAAGCUCGACCCCACGAGUAGACAAGCUGUAAAGCCCAGGUCGCAUAAGGCUAAACUCAUAUUUAGUCUAUAAGGUCACUAUUACGAAUACCCACUAACAAGACCCCAUCUGAUAUUAUACUGGCCAACACGUUUUCAGCAUGUUGAAGCUAUGGGAUGAUAUAAAAUCAGUUCGACCUACAGGAUUUACAAUUCUCUACCCUUAACGACGGGAAAUUCCGUUGUUAUCCGAUAUCCUAAAUGUGCCGCGUUCAACAAAACGUCAGAGGUCUCGUCUACUGUAGCACGAUUCGCACGCCAUCUCACAUGAUCAAUGCAACCACUUGUUGCCGUCGCUUAUUUCGUC